GAGGACGAGCAGCAGGACUGCGAGGAGGCUGGAGCUGAUGAUGGUGAAAGCGAGGAUUCGCCUGUGAUGGUGUCAGCGAUGACAUGGGCACAGUCUCACCCAGGACCCCAGGAGUCCUGGCUGUUCCCAAACUGACCGACCAAGAUACUACAUUCUUUUCCAGAUCCCCAUCUUCAAGAAUAGUACAAAGAAAAUGGUACAUUUUGAUGACUUAUUAGUGGAACUUGACCCCUGGGGAGGUUUCACCACUUGGGAGCAGCCCGCAGAAGCUUGCCUUCUUAAACAGCAUGAAGACACAGUGCUUUUCUUUAGGAUCUGAGUUAAAUAAAGUACGCGGGCCUCUCACUGUUGUGGCCUCUCCUGUUGCGGAGCACAGGUUCCGGACGCGCAGGCUCAGCGGCCAUGGCUCACGGGCCCAACCGCUCCGCGGCAUGUAGGAUCUUCCCGGACCGGGGCACGAACCCGUGUCCCCUGCAUCGGCAGGCGGACUCUCAACCACUGCGCCACCAGGGAAGCCCAGGCUGAUUUCCUUUUUAUUCGGCAAGGAUGCCCUGAGUACUCCAGUGCACUCGGUGCUAGGGUUAGGUCCUGCGGCUGAAGUGGACUAGGAAACAAGUCCGCGGGCUCCCGCUCCGGUCUCCCGGGGGUGAGACGGGCAGGGCCACAGGCCGGAGAGAGUCCGCGCUGGGGCACAGGGAUCGGGACACCUCUGGCCGGCUCGGGUGGGCCGGGGCGAGGGGCCGCGGCACAGGAGGGUGACCGCCGACCGUGCGAGGGGCGCCCUGACCUGGCCCAACUGCCUCUGAGACGACUGCCAGCAGCAAGCCCCCGGCCACCAAGAAGCGGAGCACUCACCUGACGCACUCACUCGCGACUCCCCAAACUCGCUCGGCCACCGGGUCGGAAGUCAGCACCGCGAGACCCCGCGCGGAUCCGCCCACUGCGCUUGCUCGCGAGUCUUGCCAGCGGACUACAACUCCCGGAGUGCACUGCGACGGCGGGGCGCCGUUCUCGCCAGCAUCGACAGACCCAGCAGCCGAUAGGUGAGAGAGAACGCCCCCGAGGAGCCAAUCCCUCUGCGGAGGAGGCGCGCUCUCUCGUGGCACAGUUUCGCGGCAGCCUGUGGGAGUGUCCGCGACGAGCGGCUUUUUCCCCGCCCUCAGCCUUGGCUCCUGGGUUCUGGUUCCCCGGUCCCCAGAGAGGUGAGUCGGCUGCAGGUGGGCGUGUGGAGCGGGGCUGUCGGCGGUGCUGCCGUCGCAGGCGCCACCCCCGGCUCGCACCCGGCCACGUAGUUGAGCCGCGCGCCAGAGUGCUGCAGCUUCGCCAAGCCCCGGGCCAGCUGGGGCGCGGAGUCGGAGCCGGGCGCCCUCGGAGGCCGGAGCGGCUGGGCCUCGGAGCCUCGGGGGUGAGCAGCCGCCGCGUCUCCGUGUACCUUGCUCGCUAGCAGGAGGUUUCCGCUAACUCACAACCCCCAGCGUGCGCCGUGGCCUGCCUGGGCUCGCCCUGUAGCGCCCGGCGAGAUGCUGGAAGUCGGCCUGUGGAGGAUGCGGGGGAGCUGGUGCAGGCUACCUGGAUGACAGCCUGAACUUUUCCCAGGGAUUCCUGCCAGCCCAUUAGGUCACGUUGCGCAUUUUCCUCUGAGACCUCUUGUGCUUGCCGCUGAAAUAAAAGCGGUAUUUCCCCCAGUUUCCUUUUAGGACAUUAUGACUUUUCUCCUUUGCAAGACAGUUCAAGAAACUGGCAGAAAAACAAACUCUUCCCACUCUCAGGGACUGUGUUGUCUUCAGGAGUUUGGGGUCAAGUUCAGCGAAUGAGGAGGCUCUGUUUGCAUCCUUUCCUUUCCAGUAUCCUCAGAGGAGCUUCGUUUCUAGCAUCUUUCUAGCAUUCAGGGCCAUGAUCCCGAAGGCUUGAGCUGUUUACAAGGAGAGAGAAGCUGUCUCCUGAGCCCCAAAAUGGCGGCUAAGAUGGAGAUAACUUUGAGCUCGCAGUCCCACAUUCAGGCUUCCUCCAAGCAAGAGAGACAUAUAAUAGCAAAACUAGAAGAAAAACGGGAGCCCGCUCUGCAAAAAGACUGGCCCGAUCCUGAGCUCUCCCGCCAGAGUUUUAGACGGUUUUGUUAUCAAGAGGUGUCUGGACCCCAAGAGGCGCUCUCCCGUCUCCGGCAGCUCUGCCGUCAGUGGCUGCAGCCUGAGGUGCACACCAAGGAGCAGAUUUUGGAGCUGCUGGUGCUGGAGCAGUUUCUGAACAUCCUGCCUCCGGAGAUCCAGGCUCGGGCCAGGCAUCAAUGUCCAAUGAGCAGCAAGGAGAUUGUGACCCUGGUGGAAGAUUUUUACAGAGCAGCCAAGGGACCAAAGCAGUGGGUGGCUGUUUGUAUGGAGGGCCAGAAGGUGCUCUUGGAGAAAACUGGAUCCCAGCUUGGAGAACAGGAACUGCCAGACUUUCAACUGCAAACUCCUAGCAGAUAUCCCAGGGAGAGCUCUCUGGAGGAGACGUCCCAGGCAGGAUCUCAGGCUCAGCGGAGCCCCCGUCAUUGGGAAAAAUCCCUGCUCCUCCAGGACCCAACCCCCAAAUUGGCUGAGACAGAGGCCUCCAGAAUGAAAAGUGACAACAAGGAAAAUCCACAGCAGGAGGGGGCUAAAGGAGCAAAGCCAGGCACCUUGUCAGUGGGCAGGCCCAAAGGGAAUGGUCUGCAGAGCCCCGAACCCAGAGGGGCGACUGUGAGUGAGCCCCGGUUGUCACGGAGGCAGGUCAGCCCCCCACGCGCUCAAAAGCCAUUUGCUCACUACCAGAGACAUUGCAGGGAACUGGAAUACAUCAGCGGCCCCCUGAAGAGCCACCCGCUGAGAGAGCUGAAGAAAAGCAAGGGAAGCAAAAGAAACCUGAGCAGCCGUUUGCAACGUCUUGGUCACCAGCCGACCCGCUCAGCGAAGAAACCAUACAAAUGUGAUGACUGUGGGAAAAGCUUCACGUGGAAUUCAGAGCUGAAAAGACACAAGCGAGUCCACACAGGGGAGAGGCCCUACACGUGUGGAGAGUGUGGGAACUGCUUCGGGCGGCAGUCCACCCUGAAGCUGCACCAGAGGAUCCACACCGGAGAGAAGCCCUACCAGUGCGGCCAGUGUGGGAAAAGCUUUCGCCAGAGCUCAAACCUUCACCAGCAUCACAGACUCCACCAUGGGGACUGAAAGCAGGGCUGGGUCCUCUCUGUUCGGAAGAAGGUACUUGCAUUUCUCCUUCCCCUCACUUGCAUGUAAAUCACAAAGACCAUCUGCGUGACUUACAAGGGAGAAAACGAGAUCCCUGAGGAGUGAUGGUGCCCGUCGGGCUGGUGAGGCGUCGGUCGGGAAGAGGCUGACAGGGGACUUGAUCGUGCAUGGGGUCGUGUACGAUGAUGGGGGAAGAGAUGGAAGGUCUAGGCAUUGGGUCAGAGAGCACCGGGGUGUCUGCUGGAGAGCGGGGAGUCACUAUUGAGGGAGAAUCAGGAUGAUCCUGCAGACGUGCCCCACACCUUGAUGUUAAAUCUCCUCCUGCUGCUUUAUUUAUCCUCUAAAUCUGUUCAAGGAUAAAUCCUAUAUAUAGUUAUACAUUUGCUGUCAUACCAGACAGUCUUUAUCAUUGCACACACUCCUUUAAUAAAGAUGAGUGAUCUGCAAGAAUUUCAAGGCAGAAGUUCAUUGGAAUGUAAAUCCCCUAAUAUUCUUCCUGUCAUUCCUGGCUGUUCAUAACAAAGGAAGCAUGAAGUGGGAGUAUGGACACGUUUGUGUGAGGCAGGGGUCUCCAAGUAUUAGUGCUUUUACCAAAUAAAUACACAUACACACACACUAAAGGUUCUUUUUAUAUCAAAGCACCUUUGAUUUGGUAAAAGAAAAAUCACAGCUGCUGCAACCCCCCACCCAUAGUGAUAAGGAAAAGCUACAAGAAGCAAGACUGCUAAGACAACAAAGGGAAUCCUUCCUACUUUCCUUUCUCACUUAGGCCAGUAGCUUUAAGAAUAACAAAAUGCUUGGGGUGAUGAAAAUAUACUAAAACUGAAUUAUUUCAGAGCAAGUACCCAAAAUCAUUGAAACAUUCAUUAAUUUUAUGAUAUGUAAGUUAUACCUCAAAGAAGUUUCUAAAAAUGACAAAAUGUAUUUAUGUAAAAUGUUAAAGUCCUAGAACUAGGCCUGAGAGAUCAUCUAAUCCCACCCCUCAUUCUCUCAAAAUGGAAAUUAUAACCCAAUCAGUAUACAAUUCUUAGUCACACUGGGCAAGCCAGUGGAUCUCCUAGUUUAGAGAAGACUUUUGGUAGGUGGGUGCAGUAUGUCAAGCAGGAAACAGGUGCAGGUAGCAUUCUUCCUAAAGCAUCAGUAUCCUCACGUCACUGCUGGCCACCUCAGGGCUGUGGUUGUGCUAUUGUGUGUCCCCCCACCAAGGAUCUCAGGUUCCUCUGACCACAGAGGGACAGGUGCUCACAUGGGCAGCCCUGUCCCCCAGGUCUUUGCACACACUGUUCCCUUUGCCCUUAGGACCCGCCGCCCCCACUCCCUCUCCCAUCUCACAAGAGUUGCCAGCUCUGCAAAGCCUCCUCUGACAAGUUCUAGGCAGAGGUAGACUUCACCAGUGGCGCUCAACCUGGUAGCAGUUUCGCCCCCUAGAGGAUAUUUGGGAACAUCUGAAAACACCGUUGGUUGUUAUGACUUGGGGGAAGGGAGCAUAGCUCCUGGCCUCUGGUAGGUACAGACCAAGGAGAUGUAGCUAAACAUCCUGCAGUGCACAGGACGGCCCCAAAACAGUUAUCUGUUCCAAAUGUCAGUAGUACCAAGGUUGGGGAACUGUGCUAUAUAUGUUAAAAGCUCUUUAAGGACAGAACCUUGAUUUUCCAUCACUUUAGCUUUAGAACUUAGCCCACACCCAGCCAGGAGAAAUAGGUGUUCAGUAAUUGAAGAGUUGAGGGCCCCUGCUUCACCCUGGGGCCCAUUCCUGCCUGAAUCAGAGAUCCUGGUGGCAGUCUUUGAAUGCAGUGGACAAAACCUCUCAUCUUUUGAGCAGAGAGAGACUUAAUGGGAGCCCAGUGGCCUGCUUCCUAGUAUUUGGUGGCCCUUCAGAAUCUAAUCCAAGGUCCCUUUCCCAACAAUUAUGUUAGAUGUUAGAAGAGUUUAUUGUUAGGCCUGCCUGUUAUCUCACUCCUGUCCCCUGCCUCUCACCGGUCAGAGCCUCCUGAUUCCUUAUUCUGUUACCACCUUUUUUUCUCCAGGCCAGUUUCACUGUUGUUUCUUAGUAACUUCCCUAAUUAUAUUUACGUCUGUAUUAGUUUCCUCUUGGUGCUGUAACAGAUGACCACAAACUUAGUAGCUUAAAACAACACAAAUGUCUUCUCUUAUAGUUCCUGAGGUCAGAAGUCCGAAAUCAGCUUCACUGAGUAGAAGUCAAGGUGUCAGGUGGGCUGGUUCCUUUGGAGGCUCUGAGGGGUGAAUCUGUUCCCUUGCCUUUUUCAGCUUCUAGCGGCUGCUGGCAUUCCUUGGCCUGUGGCCCCUCCCUCCAUCUUCAAAGUGCGCCCCUCCCUCCAUCUUCAAAAUGCAUCCGUCCAGUCUCUGUCAUCACGUCACCUCUUCUGACUCUGAUCCUCCAGCCUCCCUCUUAGGAGGACCUUUAUGAUUAUAUUGGGUCCACCCAGAUAAUCUGAGGUAUCUCCCCAUCUCUAGAUCCUUAACACACCUGCAAAAUCCCUUUUGCCAUAUAAGGGAACAUUCACAGGUUCCGGGGAUUAGGAUGUGGACCUCUUUGGUGGGGACUGUGAUUCAGCCGACCACAUCCAUCUAGUGAAUCAAUUCGGUUAGUCAAAGACGAUCUCUCCUAAAAGCAAAGGAACAUAGAUUUCCACUUUCCUUAGAUUUGGGACAGGAAAUCUCUCUUAAAAUAAGAGCUUUGUUUACUUGGUAUGUUUUGAAGAACCCGUGUAUGUGUGUUUUCUGUCUUCUGAUUAUGAAAUUAAUAAUUGCUAAAUCUUAAUGUCUUUGGGUACCUGUUCAACUGUGGACCUUGAAUAAAUGUGACAAAAUCACCACUCUGAAUAUCACUCACUCCCAAAAGGUUUUCAAGCCUGUGAUGCUGCUGCCUCCACCAGCCCAGUUUUCCUUUGACAGGUAAGGCUCAGCUCCAGGUGAGGAGUGCCCGUGAGGGUCUGAAGUCCUGGUAGAAGGUCCCUGGGCACUCAGCCACAUUUGCUGGUCUGUACUCACUUCUUCAAAUGUAGGAGUCCCCAUGUGUGGUUCCACCAGAGAGUCUCAGCACAAAACAUUGACCUGCUGACUUACAAUCGGCUACCCCAUAUGAGAAAAUAACCUCUCUCCUUUUGUGUGCAGCCUUACCCAUGGAGCGGUCUGUUAAGUGUCACCAUGUUUUCUGAGUUUGCCCUGUACUCACCUAUGUGGGGGUGGGAUGAUUCCUACCUUGGUUAUUUGGUCCCCGGCUUACCCCAGGAGACACGGAGAGGGGAAGAUUCCAUGCAUAUGUGAGGGAUAUGGACCUCGCAGAUUUCUCUGAAAAGCAUUUUCCAUCUACAGCAGAUAAGGACUUGUAAAACCCGUCCCAUAAUACUGUUAUCGCUCCCAACAAAAUUAACAGCUCCCAAAUACCAUCUGAUAGAUAGAGUUGAAAUUUCCCCCAGAUAUUUCUAAAACCAAAAUGCUAUUUUUUACAACUUUAUUGAGAUAUAGUUCACAUAUAAAAUGUAUCCAUUUAAAGUGUACAGUUUAAUAAUUAAAGUAGAUUCACAGUGUUAUACCACCAUCACCAUAAUCUAAUUUUAGAACAUUUUCAACAGCCUAAAAAGAAACCUUUGGGACUUCUCUGGCAGUCCAGUGGUUAGGACUCCAGGCUUCCACUGCAGAAGGCACGGGUUCAAUCCCUGGUCAGGGAACUAAGAUCCCACAAGCUGUACAGUGUAGCCAAAAAAAAAAAACAAAAAGAAAGAAACCCUGU